CCUCUCCCAUCUUUCUCCGGCCAAUUCGUCGCCAUUGAUCCCCCCCGCUCUGCCUCCGUCUUACCCCUUCUGCGCCUAGCUCUCAUUUUGUCGCCUCUCACCAUCCAUCCAUCAAAAUGACUCGUUCUCACAAGUACAACGACCGUGACCACAAGGGCAUUGCCGAUGGCAGCGUCUCUCCAACAGAAAACCUGCCUCGCUUCUUCGCCAAGAGCGGCUACGUUGAUGUUGACCCCAAGAAGGUCAAGAAGGACGGUUGUGGUAAAGGCAACUGGGGAAGCGCCGGCGAAGAAGUCGUGGAUGAGGGUUUCCGCUUCACCAAUGCCCGCCGUCGCUCCAACAGCUUUUCCCACCAACAUCUCUCUGACUUCAAGACCAAGUUUGAGGUGAAUGAGGUUGACCCUCUCUUCGAGGAGCAUCUCCACGGACCUCUUGAUGAGGAGAACGGCGACGACCUCUCCAAGACGGACUCGGCCGAGAGUGUCCACUCCGUCUAGACGAGACAAGUCGUCUCGCAUGCCCCAGAGAGCGCUGCUAUCAGUCGUGCCUACCCUCGAUUUGUCUG